AGUCAUGUAAACUGUUGAAGUGAUCCAUGGUAACCGAGUCCUUAGCAGUGCAGCAACCACUCAGCCUGUCAUAGCUAGUUAUGCAUUGAAGAAACCACUCUUCGGACCGGCUCUCUCCGGUGCAAAAUAUCGGGUUCAACGUGAGUAACAUCAAUUCACCAAGCUCUUUCAUUCGUGCAAAUACAAAUCGACGAAUUUCUGGAAUUUGAGUGUGGUCAAACCAAUGCUGUUGCUACACCUAACGAUAGCUAUCUAACGUUAGCUAAUGCUGAGGACCUCUUCAUGAAACUGCAACAUUUCUGUGAUGAUGAUGGUAGGCAGUGUUAAUUGGUUCAGCAAAUAAGGGCAAAUAUUACAACGUUAUGCUAGCAGCUAUUGCAUUCGUUUUUUUCCUGCGCAAAAUGAGAGAUUGAUAUCCAGCAGUUGAAAGAUUGAUGUCUUGAUGUUGUUUUAUUUUACGGUUUCGAGGAGAAAGAUCCCGUUGCAGGAGAACCUGCUUUGACCAUUGUGCCAUUGAUCGCUACAUCACAUUCUUAUAGUAACAACAUUUGAAGGAUCGUGAAGAUGGCGACUGGAGCGGGUUGGCAGCAGUACUACAGCCCUGCUGUUGGCAAUCCAUCGACCGGAGCAGGGAAAUAUAAUUCUGGCUCAUCAUCAACAAUCACCAUGGAAUAUACCCAAGAUCUGCACCUCAAAAUGAGCAAGAAAAUAGCACAGCUGACAAAGGUGAUCUACGCUCUGAACACCAAGAACGACGAGCACGAGGCGGCCAUCCAGACACUGAAGGAGGCUCACGAGGAGGAGGUGCAGCAGAUCCUGUCCGAGACACGGGAAAAGAUCAUGCAGUACAAGAGUAAGAUCAGCGAUGAGAUGGACCUUAAGCAGCGCAUCCAGUCGCUCGAGGAGUCCAUGGAGCUGCACGAGCGCAUGAAGCGCCAGGCCCUCGCCGAGUUCGAGACCUACCGGCAGCGUGUGGAGGACAUGCAGCUCUGCACUGAGGCCCAGCACACACAGCGUGUUGUCACCAUGUCCCGCGAGGUGGAGGAGAUGCGGCAUUCGUUCGAGGAGAAGCUGCGCUCUUUUGGCACGGCGCAGGCCCAGUUUGAGCAGGAGAAAAAGCUGGCCCUGGAGGAGCUAAAGGCCAACCAUCGGCAGGAGGUGUCGGAGCUGCUCCGGAGCCACCAAAGCCAGAACCAGAACCACAGCAAGGACCAGGAGAAACUGGGCCAGCUGCACAAGGUGGAGGUGGAGUCCCUGUCGGAGCGUGUGGAGGAGGUGAAGGGGGACAAGAAGAGGCUGGUGGAGGAGUACGAGGCCAAGCUCAACAAGGCUCAAGCCUUCUACGAGCGCGAGCUGGAGGCCAUGAAGCGCACGCAGCAGCUCACCGCAGAUAACCUGCAGGCCUGGAAGAAGACGGAGGCGGAGCUGCGGAGGGAGUUCCACAUGCAGGAGGCAGCGCUGCAGAAGACCCUGGGGAAGCUGCGCUCCGAGCUGCAGAGGGUGCAGGAGGAGGCCCGGGAACAUAGGGAGAAGUCCCACAAACUGCAGGCCUCGCUCACUGCAGCCGAGAGCAAUAUCAAGGAGUUGAGCAAACAGCUGGACGAGGUGACGCAGGAUGCCGAGAUCGUGGAGAUUCGACAGAAGGAGGCGGAGUGUGAGCUGGAGGCCACCAGAGAUCGUGUGCAGCAGCAGGCCACAGAGAUCCUCCUCAAAGCCAGUCACAUUGGCAGCCUGCAAGCCACUCAGAUGAACCACGAGGCAGCCAUCCGGGACCUGGAGUCUGAGAAGUCUCGUCUGAAGGACAAGGUGGUCCGUCUAGAGGAGGAACGCGGGGCCCUCCAGAACAAGUCCCAGGCACUGGACGACAGGCAGAGGCAACAGAUUCUCUCCCUGGAGAAGACUCUACGGGAGGAGAAGCAGAUGUAUGAGAAGGAGAUGGUAAACAUGCGUGCCAAGUACGAGGACGACGCCGCCCACUUCAAAGAGUCACAGACCCGGGCGCUGGAGGAGCUGUCGAAAAAACACCGGACCACCCUGGAGAACACACAGACUACUGCCGAGACGGAGAGGAGCUGGCUACUGGCCGAAAUGGAGCAGCAGUUUGAGAGGGAGAGGCUCUCAUUGGUGGAGCAGAAGAACCAUCUCAGACAACAACUGGACAGCCUGAGGGAGGAGCUCGCCGCCAAACUUGAACAAGCCAAUCAGGAGGUGUUGCGCCUGCAGGAGCUGGUGAAGGAGGGUGAGCAGGGCAUGGGUUCAGCAGAGGGACACAUCUCAAACCUGAAGGAGGCCCAGGACAAACUAGUGGAGGAGUUGGACGCUACCAGGGCCAGACUGAGAGAGACCAGCAACCUGCUGACCGCCCUGCAGGGAGAGAUGGAGGCCCAGAAGAAGCAGCACGAGGCUAAAGUCAUCACUAUUAAAGAGGACGAGAAGCUCAAGAUGGACAAGAUGGCACUGGAACUGGAGCUCAAGUGGACCGAGACGUUAAGACAGGAGUGUAAGAAGCUGCGUGAGGAGCUAAGGGAGGAUCAUGAGGAUGACAAGAGGGCAGCCCUCAUCCAGCUGGCCCAGAACAAGGAGCAGGAGCUGGGCAGUGCCCGUGAGAGCUGGCAGAGGAAGGUGGAGGACCUACUGGAGCAGAUCUCGUUGCUGAAGCAGAGUCUGGAGAUGCAGUUGUCUCAGUCGCAGAGCUCCCUGCAGCAGCUCCAGGCCCAGUUCAGCCAGGAGCGGGAGCACUUGAGCCAGCAGCUCCAGGAGCUGCAGCUGGAACACCAGCGCAGGGAGCACAGCCUACAGGAGGCCCACUGCUGCGCCAUGCAGGACCUGGAGGAGACCCGCCAGCACGACCUCAAGAAGCUGGAGCAUCGUCUGCGGCAGCAGCACCACAUAGAGCUCCAGUCUGUGAGAGAGGCUCACAGACACAGCAUUGAGACGCUCAAGCAGCAGUCAGAGCAGGAGCUGCAGACUCUACGCUUCGAACUGGAGGACGAGGGCAAGGCCAUGCUGGCCUCUCUGCGCUCUGAGCUGAACCACCUCCAUGCCUCGGCCAUAGAACAUCUACGGCAGACCCACCAACAGGAGACGGCUGCAGCUAAACUGGAGCUGGAGAACGCCCUGGAGAACAGCCGGACACAGGAGAGGGAGUUGCUGGGCCGGAUCUCGGACCUGCAGGAGGAGGUGGUAAGGAGGAAGAACCACAUUGCUCAGCUGGACCACGAGAUUCACACACUGAACGAGAACAUCAACACACUCACCAAGGAGCUGGAGCUCAAGGGCAAGGAGGUGCUGAAGAUCCGCAGCGAGGCCAACCAGCAGAUCAGGGCUCAUGAACAGGACCUGUCGAAGAAACACGAGCGAGAGAUGGCUGAGAUGAACGCCAUGCACAACAGAGAGACUCAGAACAUGCUGUGUGACUUCAACAAGGCCCAGGAGCUUCUCAAAGACAAGAUCUCUGCUCUGCAAGUCCUGUUGGAGGGCACGGAGGAUAAGUUCCGGAACAGGGAGAGCCGGCCUGAGGACCUGCAGGUGAUCGCUGAGCUAAAGGAAAUGGUGACUGAGAGGGAGUCUCUCGUCAAGAAGCUGGUGGUAAGUGACGACAAAAAGUUCUACCAGCUGGAAUUGGUGAACAGAGAGACCAACUUCAACAAGGUGUUCAACACCAGUCCCAACGUGGGAGUAAUAAAUCCCCUCAUCAAGCAAAAGAGAAAGAAUGACAAAUCAGCAAACCGAUUCAGCAGCUCUCCAAACCUCAGGGCUCUGGAGGCAGCAGGAACAGGGAUGGGGAGCGGGCAGCCCCAGCCCAACCGCUUAGAGCCUAUCCCCAACUCCCCCAUUCACCACCUUGACCUCAACACUAGCAAACCUCUGCCCCCACCGACCCCUCCGACAGAGCCCAAGAAAUUCAUGAGCUAUCAUUCUGCACAUGUGUAACAAGCACACAUGUGAAUGUGAUACUCUCUUGUGCAUGUUGUACUAGCUUGUGUGUCUGCACUCAUCCGGUGCUUAGGUUUCUGCCUAUUGAUGCACUUGUUAUCCAUCUGUGUGCCUCUCUGUGCUAUGGGUUCCUCUUGCCCUUGCUGCAUGCUGCUCUGUAUGUAAGUAAGUUGCAGAUGAGUCAGCGUGGCGGAUUUGUGCAGCGCUGCCCUCCAUUGUCAUGGGACUCUCCCAUCACUGCAUCACACACACGGCCUGUCUGUCUCAUCCCCUGUCAAGGUGACCCUGUUUCCACUAAGAAACAAAUGCACCCCCACAUACAGAACCUCUCUACUGUAGCAUAUACCACACUUAUGAUGCUCUGGAUUAUACACCUGUUUUCAGAUGAUAUAAAGCUGCUUCUAUCUCUGUGCAUGAAGUGUCCUUUAAAUGCUGCCCUAUUUCGAUUCAGGAGGCCUAUACCAGAAUACAAAUGUUUUUUUAGUACUUGGAGAAGAGGCCUAGAUCAAUAAGACUUCUUAAUUCAGCUCACCAGCAAAUUUGUACCAAUAGAAAUUGCAUACAGUGGGGCAAAAAAGCAUUUAGUCAGCCACCAAUUGUGCAAGUUCUCCCACUUAAAAAGAUGAGAGAGGCCUGUAAUUUUCAUCAUAGGUACACUUCAACUAUGACAGACAAAAUUAGAGAAAAAAAUCCUGAAAAUCACAUUGUAGGAUUUUUAAUGAAUUGCAAAUUAUGCUAUUUCUCUGCUUUUAGCUUCUGAUGUUGUUGAAGUCAGCCCUGUCUGUCUCAGCCCAGGUGUUCCCUAGAUCUGGAGUUGGUGAUUAACAGACCAACAGAAUGCAUGUUCAAUUCAGCAUUACAUUGGAUUUGCUGCAAUGGAGACUACUGAGACCGAGGAGAGAAUGAUUGCAGAGGAGAUAUUUUAGGAUGGUUUUCAGAGACAUAAACAGUUCUGCACAGGAUGAAGAAGCCACCUGUCGUUAAUUGAAAACUUCAGACAUGUUUAGCUCAAUCAGAGCAGUACAGUUUGUGCAGUGCAGAAUGAGUACCGAGUGCAGACUGUGUUUAAUCAUUUGUCUUGAAUCAUCUGGUCAUGAUAAUAUACUGAACAAAAAUAUAAAUGCAACAUUCAACAAUUUCAAUAAUUUUACAGUUCAUAUAACGAAAUCAAAGCAAAAUCUAAUCAAAUUGUAUUGGUCACAUACACAUGGUUAGCAGAUGUUAAUGCGAAUGUAGCGAAAUGCUUGUGCUUCUAGUUCCGACAGUGCAGUAAAAUCUAAGUGAUCUAACAAUUCCCAACAACUACCUAAUACACACAAAUCUAAAGGGGUGAAUAAGAAUAUGUACAUAUGUGGAUGAGCGAUGGCCGAGCGUCAUAGGCAAGGUUCGAUAGAUGUUAUAAGGUACAGUAUAUAAACUCAGCAAAAAAAGAAAAGUCCUCUCACUGUCAACUGCGUUUAUUUUCAGCAAACUUUACAUGUGUAAAAUAUUUGUAUGAUCAUAAGAUUCAACAACUGAGACAUAAACUGAACAAGUUCCACAGACAUGUGACUAACAGAAAUGGAAUAAUGUGUCCCUGAACAAACGGGGGUCAAAA